UAAUACGCUAUAUAUAUAUAUGUAUAGAAGAUGAAUAAACACACGACUUAAGAUGAACGGAUGAUUGGUCAUUCAGUUUCCCGCUCAUACAUCAUUAUACAUGGACGUGGCUCGUCUCGCGCAUUUCGUUUCGAUAAACGAAAUGUUCCCCGAUAAAUUUCUCAAGACAUCCGCGAGCCACUCGUACCGACGAAGCGGGAGCGUAAAGUCAUUAUCGAUGCGCAUACAGAAAAUGAUAACCUGAAACCCCGCCGAGCCCCUAUCGGUGGCGAUAAGUGGAGGUUAUGUUUACAUCCGCGGAUGCCGCGCUUUGUAAGACGCGGAUGAUAGCAGCCGCUGCGUUUUGAAGCGUGAGUUCGUCACGGCGCGCCAUGGAGUCGUUGCGCGUGUUCCAGAGCUUUCAGCUGGACGUCCUCGGCGAGGACUGGGUCAAGUCGAUCUGGGAUGCCGAGUUCAUCGUCUACGACGAGCCAUCCGACGGGUGUCUCGAGUACCUGGCAAGCGAGGACGCGAGGCUGCUGCUGCACGAGUCCCGUCUCGUCCUGAAGGCAUGGCUCACCGCGAACGAGCGCGAGCCAGCUUCCGAGUUCUCGUGGCAGGCUCUGAUGAUCCUGGACAUCAACGUGCGCGGUCUACUUGCCAUGUUGGGUUACGUAAUGAAGACCGGUCAGCACGCCGAGACCGACGACGACGCCAGGCAGGCUUGCCUCGAGGCCACAAGUUUGUAUCUUAUGCUUCUGACGAUACCAGGCAGUAAUGCAUUUCAGAUUUAUCAUCCCAAUUUGUAUCAGAAGGCGAUCGAGACGCUGAGGAUGUCGGAAAACUUGUUCACCUCCGUUAUAAGUGGUAGAGAGACGGACGCGAUUAAUUUCGGUAUCGACGAUGAACUGCCGGACCGUUGUAUUCUGUCGCAUUCUGAUAAGUCGAGGCUUGCACGCGGAUUAGAUAGAAUUAUUUCUGAUCUUGUUACCAUGCUGAGAUCGUUUCGCUUUAAGGAACACGCUGAGUCCUUGGACGUUACCGUACGCGCACUAUUGGAUAUUACAAGAUUGGAGAUAUACGUUAAAUAUCACGACGAAUAUAGAAUAGCGUCUUUGUCGCGGAACGCAUAUGCGGCUUUGCAAGAAUUAUGUAGCAGUAGUCACGGGACUAUCGCUCUGACUGUAAUGCUAAUAGCUCAAUACAUGCUACCGGAUCUACUGUUCCAUCACGUGAAUGUGCAACCGAAAGCCAUAGCCAUCGUCCACGAGGCGGCUAUAUACUUCCUGAAAAAUCUAUUGAGGCUCCACGAGCAGGAAACCAUGCAGGGGAUUAUAACUUUGAUACACCAAUUGAUGGUGAAAUGUCCGGAGAGACUGGAGGGUCGUCAAAAGCAAGCGGCUGUUGUAAUAAAGCUGCUGAAUAUAUGCAAUCAGGAUGUUGCCGUAAGCGUUUUCAGGGAUAUAAUAUUAUUUUCACACAGCGGUAAGGUAUCUCAUAGAUUAUUUGCACAGGAGAUUAUAGGAAAGCUCUUAACAGAAUCCUCUCUAUCCAGUGACGACUUGAAGGAGGAUUUUAAGACAAAGAUAAGAAAGAUUUUGGUAGCCGUUGUAGUCUCUCGUUGUACGGAUCGUUCUGCUUUGGUCAGAGGAAAAGCUAUGGCUACGCUCGCAUUGUUCUCGGACUGCAAUGACGACAUCGACCGAGCCAUCCUUAAAAGUAUGUUCGAGAGUUCAACGUCGGACAAACCAUUCUCCAUGCUCGAUGAGUUGAAGGGAGCGCUGUCGAAGGACAUUGAUCCGCUACCAGGAUCGACUGCUUUAAUUGCAAUGCUGUUGGACAGAUUCAAUGACGAGCGCGCGUUGGUGCGAAGAAGCGUCCUGAAGAUUACGAGGAAUUUAUCUAUCAUGUUCCCAUCACUUGUAAGCAAAAUGACGCAAGUUAUAAGUGAACGUUGCAGAGAUCCUGCUCUGGUCGUGCGUCAAUUCGCCGUGCACGUCCUGUCCGAGAUCCUGCAACAGUUCCCGCACGAUUCGAAUCUAAUUGACGAGUGGGUGCAAGCCGUCGUGCCGCAGAUCUAUGACAUCGAGGCUAAGGUGCAGGAAAAGGUGCUGGAAUGCCUAGGGAACGUAUUGAUAAACAGAAUAACAAGCGCCACUACGUACGUCCCGGAUGCUGCGAACAGCCUGCCAUGGAGAGUCUUGAAUAAGCUGAGUAAGCUGAGAAUGAAGAAGCAUCUCUCGAAAGCCUGCAACCUUUGGGUGAAGAAUGGCGCCGUUACAAAGUCUGUGAUAUCGAAUUUGCAGUCGCACGUUGGCACAGAUAACGCCAUAGGCGCGUGGAUACUUCUGGCCGCUCUGGCCGAGAACAUGAAGAUCCCGAAUAUAGACGAAUAUAUCAUGGAUUAUAAGGAGAUCAUCCGGAAGAACGAUUUCCACGCGAGUUUGAUCCUACACGUUUUGAGAUACGCCUGGCCCGUCCUGGCACGCGAUCGCCUCGAGAAUCUCUACCAGCAUCUCUACGAUUGCAUUUACCGCUUCGAAGUGAAUUUUAAGUUGAUCAGCACUUGCCUGGACAUCCUCAGCGAGAUACUGCGAUACUUGCACGCCGAUAAGAGCAACGAUGUGAUCGAAUCGAACAUGACGGAACUGAUGAAGCUAUCGGAGGCGGAGAUCCAGGGCUUAUUGGAAGAGAAUGAGAAUUAUACGCAAGAUACGCAGAAGGUGAGAGCCAUGUUUACCCUAGGUCAUGCGUCGCUUCUAUGCACCGGCAAGGUUUCGCCGUCGACUCUGCAAGUUCUAGGAAGACUGUUGCUACAGUGGGAUUCACUACCGGAAACAGUGAGAAGAAUACAAAGUCUACAGGCGUCUGCAGUGGUUCUUCUCUGUCAACAGGCGUUGAGGGAUCGCGAGGUCGCUAAGGAAGUCACGCCGAUACUCGGUAACCUGAUGCGUCAGGAAACCAGUUCGGACUCGCUAAUGAGGACCGCUGUAAAGAUAAACGCCGCAAAAGCAUUAGCCGAUAUCUGCAUAAGGUUUACCGCUCUUGUAGAGCCAUACUUGCCGGAUCUGUGUAUCAGCAUGAAAGAUCCGAAUCCGGCUGUGAGGGAGGCCAUAGUGGUGAUAUUCAUUCAGUUGCUACUGGAAGAUUUUAUAAAAAUGAAGGGACCAUUUUUCUUUCACGUACUGACGAUGCUGUCGGACGCCAACAGUAUGAUUCGCGAACUGACGAUCUUCCUGGUGGAAGAGAGAUUAUUAAUGAAGAACAAGACUCUAAUUUCCCAACAAUUUCUCGAGAGCAUAUUCCACUACAAUAAUUGUCGUUCCCGGAUCGCGUUUUACGGACACAGAAUGCACGAUCAGGAGAGGAAACUUCUAACGCUCCCCGGAAAAGCGAAUCAAGACAAACGUAAUGUCAUCUACGAAUUCAUGCUGGAACAUCUGGACGUGCCCGCCAAGUCUGAACUGAUUGUGAAACUGACCAAGUAUAUACUUCGUGAGAUAUGCGACGACAGCUCUAUCGACAUCACAACCGAGGAGGGGGCGUGCGUCCUGAGAGACGCGGUGUUCAUAAUUAGCAAUAAUCGUUUACAGCCGUCAUCCUUCGCUGAGAAACACAGGGACGAGACCUCGGAACUCGAUGAAACGAGCUCGAUUCCCUCGAGUAUGCCUAACAAUGCCUCGAACGUCAUUAUAGCAGCAAUGAAGAAACACAACUUAGACAAUCUGUUACCUACGUUAAUUACACUUAAAAAGAAACUGGCUACGUUGAAGUCUCCCUUGGAGGAUAACGUGGAUGGUCUAUUGUUCAAGAUCUAUUCGGAAUAUGAGAAAGAACAGCUGGUCAAUUUGUCAACCGAGUAUCCUGAAUUGGAGAAAGAAAUGGAUCGUUAUCAACGGAAGCUGAAGGAUAAAAUCAGUUUGGAGAACGAUGACGGUAAAAACGAUAGUUUGUCACCCAGCACAAGUCACAAGGAUUCACCAGUGGAUAUAUGUAAGCGAUUGGUACCUCGUGUUCUACUCCAUCGUAUUCCUUCGACAGUAUUGCAUUGCAAUAGGCCGGUAGAUACCAGUAAUUAUUCGCAAAUCACAUCUUACGAUGGAUUAAUUAAAAGCUCAUCGGAGCAUUUGGAAAGAUCGUUGUUGAUACAAACGCCACCUCCAGAGCCAACUUUUUGUACCAGCACGCCUAUAUCGACACCAAAUCUAAAUUCGUAUUCCAGUGAUUGUUCCACUCGAGGCUCACGCGUGAAAAGAUUUUCGCGCGAACGAGAAGUGUCAUCGGAUACUCCUCGACGUAAAAUUUUAAGAGAAAAUUAAUAAUGCUUUCGAUCUCAGUCACAUCGACAUCGUCCAUGAAAAAAAUCUAUGUACAAA